AUGCCGCGUUAUACAAGCAACACUAUAGGUGAAUUCGAACAAAUAUGUUCGUUGAUGAUCGAGGAUACUAUUCCAUUCUACAUGUAUAAGUCCCUAACCACCGGAAUCACUAUUUGUUUCGCAGAGUUAGAAGGUCCAUUUGUCAGCAGUUAUUUCAAUUUUGCGACUAAAACACACAACAACGAUGGUCUGCCUUACGCACUGUGUCAUCUUAUUUUUACGGGUAGCAAAAAUUAUCCGUAUAAAGAUGUUAUGAAGAAAUGGAUUCAGAAAUGCGAAGCCACCGUCACUGCUACAAUUUUUCAUCAUCGUACUUGUUAUCAAGUUAAAACACCUUGUACCGAAGCAUUUUUCUCUCUGCUGCCAGUGUAUCUCGAUCAUAUUUUUUAUCCCACUCUUACGACUUCAGCAUAUCUUACAGAAAUACAUCAUAUUAAUGGUAAAGGUAUGGAUGCCGGUGAUCUUUAUUGUGAAAGAAAAUACGCGGAAAACACACUCGCAUAUCUGAUAGAGCAUAAAAUUAUAAAUACAUUUUACGAUAAAAGAUGUGGUUUUACAUCGCAUGUUAAAGGUGUUACAAAAAACUUACGUGAAAGCACCAAUAAUAAAAAAGUCAAAAACUAUCACAAGAAAUUUUAUAGGCCAGAAAAUUUAACUAUAUUUAUAGCAGGUCAAGUGAAACAUAAUGAAGUUUUCCUCGCUUUAAUGCCUUUAGAACAAAAACUGUUGAAGAGAAAACAGAGUAGAUUUCGAAAACCUUGGAGGACUCCGACUGUGCCGUUUAAAAAAAGCAAGACGUUAGUCGUUUAUUAUCCCCAUAUCGCUGACAACGACAGGAUAGUGAAUUUAAUUUGGAAAGGGCCGUUCUCGUUUAAUCAAAGAUAUGAAGUGCAUAGUUGUUUAGUACUCUGGAACUAUCUCAUAUCUAAAUCCAAUCUGUUGUAUAAAACGUUUCGUGAAUUAAGUAUUAUCUACGUCAAAACUAUUAAUCGCUAUUACUAUCAGCAUCAAGUUACAAUCUUCUAUUUUUGUCUUUCUGGAACACAACUCACAAGAGAAGACAUAUUGCAUAUGCGUAAAUAUUAA